AUCGACCUGAGCGCACCCGAGACGGAGAAAGCCGCGCUUGCUAUCCAGGGCAAAUUCCGCCGCUUCCAGAAGCGGAAGAAGGACAGCGAUGAAAGACGCCGCCACUUGCUCCUCUUCCUCGGGGGACGAAGGCCUUGUGGUGCCACGUCCCUCCAGGCAUCAAAGUUUAGCUUGGGGCCGGCUUUGGUGGUGGUUCCCAGCCCCGGCUCCCACUGCAACACCACCAAGAGCAGCCACAGGAGGUACCUGAGCUGCUGCCGGUGA